AAUAAACGCCUAUGUUUUGCAUAUAAAUGUACAUUCACAUAUGCAAUUUAGUAUCCCGCUUAGCAUUGCAUCUAUAUUAGGUUACAUUCACUCACACAAUUCAUAUAUACUUCACAUCUUUUCUUUCACACUUUCCCUGAAAGGUCUAGCAAAUGAGUUUGAAGCGUUCUUCUUCUUCUUUCUUUAUCUUUCUCUUUUCCUUCUUCUUCCUCUCUUCUCAUGUCUCCUCACAAGCCUGCCAAAAAACAUGCGGCCAAAUACCCAUCAAGUACCCGCUCGGAACCGGGUCAGGUUGCGGUGACCCACGUUUCACACGUUACAUCACGUGUGACCCUGACCAACAGACUUUGACGCUCACCACCCACACAGGCAGUUACCCUAUCACUUCUGUCGACUACGCCAAACAAGAGAUCUACGUCACUGAUCCGUCCAUGUCUACGUGUGCAUGUACCCGACCCAGCCAUGGAUUCGGGUUGGAUUGGGACGCUCCGUUUUCUUUCCAUGACGACACCGUUUUUACGCUCCUUGACUGUUCCGUAGACGAAUCCCCUGUAUUCACACCGUUAAGUAACGGUAGCGGACGUGUUUCCCUCUGUGAUCGUCAAAGCUCCUCCAUUUGCACCUUCUUGUACUCAAAUUGCAGGGCCAUAAGCCUCAUAAACCUCCAAGUAUCAACGUGUUGCGUCUACGUGCCUCUAGACCUCGGACCAUCGUUCGAAAUGGAUUUGAACAAACUCAAGUGCUCGUCAUACUCCGGCUUCUACAACCUCGGUCCAGGCCAAGAAUCCCACCCGGAGAAUUGGAACUACGGAAUCGCACUCAAGUACAAGUUCAACGUUUUUGAUGAGUACCCUGGCGUCUGCGGUAGCUGCGAGCGUAGUAACGGUGCUUGUGGCUUCAACACACAGUCAAGCUCGUUCGUUUGUAACUGUCCCGGUGGGAUUAACACGACAUCGGAUUGCUUCUUCCUUUAUAACUCUGCUUCUAUUCUUGUUCCUUGGUUCUCAAGUAAGCACCACUCUCACACUUCUACUAUAUCUAGUCAAAUUAUUAAUUUAUAUUGAACACCACACUGUCUCAUAGAUAAUCUUGUCUCAGCUAUAACUUAUUACUUCUCAAUUGAAUUUUCAGACAAAAAACUUUUACAUUUUUUAUUAGUAUUUAACAGUAUAUAGAUUUGUCUUACAGAGAGUGGUUUUUUUUAUAAGCAGGAGAAUGGGUAAUGUACCCUUUGUCAUGGUUUGUUGUUUGGAUGGUGAUGGUUCUGCGUUAAAGGAGCAUCAAAGGAUGGAGUGGUUCAAAGAGGAAGCUUAAUAGAUCGAAUCUUUGCUUCUUCUUUUUAUAACUUUGUGAUAUCACAGUAUGAGAUUCUUCGAUAUUGCUUCUCUCUUUGCAAUAUUAUUCAAAUCACCAUUUAUCUUAUUUGCUUUUCCUCCACUUUCCAGCUCAUAAGGAAUCACCAUACUAUAUUAAUGCUAAACACUUGCAAAGAAUCAUAAUGAUGAUGAUGGUAUU